UUGUUUCCUCAGGUGGAGGCGGACGAGUCGCUGAAGGAGCAAAUCAAAAUGGCGAGCCAAGAGGAGUCUGUGAGGGAGUUCGUCGCUGUUACUGAUGUGGAUGAGGAGAGGGCCCGGUUCUUCCUGGAGUCCGCCGGCUGGAAUUUGCAGCUUGCACUCGCCAGUUUCUUUGAGGAUGGAGCUGAUGAUGACAUAGUGACGCUCCCUCAGCCUGAAGGAGGCUCCUCAGUGUCCCGGUCUGCAGGGCCAAGCACUCAGCCCAGAGUGACCUCCUUCAGAGAUCUGAUGCAUGAGGCAGAGGAGGAGAGUGAUGAGGAGGAAGGCCAAAGGUUUUUUGCGGGAGGAUCAGAGCGCAGUGGGCAGCAGAUCGUUGGGCCUCCCAAGAAGAAGAGCUCCAAUGAAGUGGUGGAGGAUUUGUUCAAGGGGGCCAGGGAACAUGGAGCUGUGCCUCUGGACCGGACUGGGAGAGGGCCAGGAGAGCCCAGCAAAUCCAAGCCCUUCCUUGGGGGAGGCUACAGGCUAGGUGCAGCUCCUGAGGAAGAGUCCGCCUAUGUGGCUGGAGAGAGGCAAUCCUCCAACAGCCAUCAAGAUGUCCACGUGGUGCUGAAGCUGUGGAAGACAGGUUUUAGUCUGGAUAACGGCGAACUCAGAACUUACAGCGAUCCUGGCAAUGCCAACUUCCUUGAGGCAAUCAGAAGGGGAGAGAUUCCCCUCGAGUUGAGGCAGCGAUCUCGAGGGGGGCAGGUGAACCUAGACAUGGAGGACCACAGGGACGAGGACUUCAGCAAACCCAAGGUGGCCUUCAAGGCCUUUGGAGGUGAAGGACAGAAGUUGGGAAGUGCUACUCCAGAGUUGACUUCAACUCCUACCACCUCCCAGCAGGACCAGGCUGCCAACGAGGCCCAAGCCAGCGCCUCUGUUGCCCUCGACCCCUCCCAGCCCGUCACUAACAUUCAGGUCCGACUGGCUGAUGGCGGCAGGCUGGUCCAAAGGUUCAACCAUACCCACAGGGUGUCUGACCUGCGGCAGUUUGUGGUGGCGGCCCGGCCCGCCAUGGCCGCCAGGGAGUUCAUCCUCAUGACCACCUUCCCCAACAUGGAGCUGUCAGAUGAGAGCCAGACACUGCAGCAGGCCAACCUCCUCAACGCCGUUAUCGUCCAGCGGCUAAAGUGAAGAGGAGGAGAGAGAGGAAGAGCGACCCCUCCCCUUCCCCCCUACCUCCCUCCCCUGGUGGUGUGGCUGAGCAACUGCAGCCCUGUGAAACCUGCUGCCCCUUCUGAGGGAGGAGAAAACACGGACUUAUGUAUGGACUUCUAAUUUCUGAUUUUUGUUUUUCUAAAGUGAAACGUAACAUUCUGCUCCCCAGAUACCCCCCCCCCACAUCUCUCCCUCCCCCCUCUGUGGUCUGUGACGGGCAGUAAUGGGGGGGGCGGGGGAGUAAAAAUCUUCCAGAAUGGAAUCGAGUUCAUUUAAGAGCUGUUGGAAAGCUUCCAGAUGCUGCUGUAUUGUGGUUUUGAUGGGGAUGUGUGUUCCUGACUGCAGUGGAUGGUUUAACCCAAAAACACAGCAGCAGUGCAGCUUUUAUGACGUCACUAAACCUUCAUCUUUUUUUCCAUUAACUUGCUCCACACUUUUCCUCUUCUAUUAACCUUAAUUUGGCCCUUAAGCUCUGUUUACUAUCAGGUGCUGGGCCCUUCAUGCAACGGCAGACUCCCAGCGUGUUUCUGUCUCAACAGCACAAACCAGAACCACAUAAGAAAUACUAGUCUCAUUAAGAUCAAGUACAUGUUGAUAGUGUGGUUUUGUACGAGUUUCCAUUUCUCUCCACAUAUUCUCUUUGGAGAGAGAAGUGUAAUGAUGUAACAAAACACUGAGGGUUUUUUCCCCCCUCCAAACCAACCUAAACCAGUAGCCUUACGCUCCUUAAUUCACCUCCAGAUCUACACCUGUCCCUUUGUUCAAAUGAAGAUGGAAUUAUUUUUUUAAACUGCCUUUUUUGUUUUUCCUUUUUCUUCUUUUUUCCUUUACAGAUUGUAGGAUUGUUCCAGUUAGACAGUGGCAUUUUGAUAUUGUGUAACAUGAGAAACAGUUACACAUGGCUUUAUUAUCAAACCAAGGGUCGGACAAAAGAACAUAUAGAUUGUAAACACUGGUUUGUAGUAGUGGAAGUUCCUAUGACACUGACAUCUUCUAUGCAUCCUGGGGCGACACAGAAAUUGGUUUGGACCUCUGGUAAAAUAAAUCCAUUUUAUGGUUGAUGUAUAAAGAA